AUGUUAAUAAACUCAAAAUAUGAAUUUUACUUUUCACUCAUUGAAAUUAUAAAUAAAUUCAUUCCUUUCCGUGAGGCAUUAAACGUGAUAAAAAUCGCACUAAAUAUUAUAAAGAAUCAUUUAUUUACGUUGACAGGAGGUUAUUGGUAUUUUAUUAUCUUUACUACAUUCAUUGCCUCUAUUACAACAAUAGUCGUGUUAUUUUAUUUACAAAGAAAUAAUAAUAAUAACAGUAUAUUAAGGCACAUUAAAUUAAGGCAUAACUGGGUUUUAUAUGAAACACCUGAAUAUCCCAAAUAUUGUACAAAGUGCUCUGGAAUAAUAAAAAAACGUUUUUUACUCAUGAGAAACUAUGAAGGAUGGCAAUGUUCAAUUUGUAAACGCAUUUCCCAUAUGCACUGUAUAAUGCAGUCAGACUCUGAAUAUUGUAAGGAUGAAUGCUCUUCAAACUAUUUAAUAAAAAGUGGCUCAUAUAUUAAAUUUAACAAUAAAAACUCUUCAAGUAAUAAUGCGUCUGAUAAUUUUGAUGGCGUAACCUUUCAACAAAAAAUUCACUAUCACGUGCUGUUGAAGGGCAAUUUACACUCAGGAGCAAUUUGCUCUUUAUGUAGAACUGUAUGUUUUUCUCCGUUUGGUUUAUAUGGGCAAAAAUGUAUUUGGUGUAAUCGAACAUACCAUGAUGAAUGUGCUGAGAAUAAAAAAAUUAAUCAACAGCAGUGUGACUUAGGAACUCUCAAAUACAUUAUUUUACCACCAAAUUCUUUUGUUUUUGAACUAUAUAGCUUAGAAAAGGGUGAAAAUUCAACAGUGAAUACUAAACCCUCUAUUUUUGAUAAAGAGGAUAAAAAUAAUUUUAAUUCAAGUAAUCUAAUUGGUGGUAAAAUAAAUCAGUUAAAUUCUACUCCUAUUGAGAAUAUUAUUCAAGCUAACUUAACGAAUUCUUCAAAUAGAAAGAGCGUUUCUCAUUAUAUUCAGAUUUUUCACAAAUCUAAUUUGAUCAAAAAAAAAUUAAGGUUUUUUGAUGAUUUUAUAAAUGCUAAUUUGGGAAAACCUUUACUUGUUUUCGUUAAUACUAAAUCUGGUGGGCAUCUCGGGCAAGGGUUAAUAAAGAAUCUAUAUAUUUAUUUGAACCCAAUUCAAAUAGUCGAUAUUCAAAAUUCAAAGGGCCCAGACGAAGCAUUAUAUUUAUUCAAACACCUCGCAGAGGUGAAAAAAUUGAUGAUUCUUGUAUGCGGAGGGGACGGCACAGUAAGAUGGGUUAUAGAUAGAUGCAGAGAGAUUUAUGGAGUAAAUUCAAAUAAUCUUCCUCCAAUUGCAGUGCUUCCACUAGGAACAGGAAAUGAUUUGAGUAGAACUUUGGGAUGGGAUGUUACAUUUAACGGUGAUAUUCUCAACUUUUUAAAAAAAAUAUGUACUUCCAAUAUUAAGCAGAUGGAUAUUUGGACAUGCACUGCAUGGGAUUUAAAGAACGAAGAUACCAAUAAUAGUAAUGACUAUCAUCAUAUGUUGUUUUCAUCUACAUUUAUCAAUUAUUUAGAUAUUGGAAUUGCUGCACGAAUUGCAUUAAAGUUUCAUAACUUAAGAGAAGCAUAUCCUCAACAUUUCAAGAGCAGACUUGGAAAUCAGCUAGUUUAUGGUGAAGUAGGAUUUAGGGAUUUCUUUAACAAAAGUAUUCAAUUAGAUGGCUUAAAAAUAUUUUGUGAUGGGAGAGAGGUAACUAUUUCGAAUCAUGUAGGAAGUUCGUUUCUAAGCAAAAGUGAAGAGUCAAUUAACUCAUUGGGGGUUAGAUUAUUGAAUGAAAAUAACUAUUUCCAAACAUAUUAUAAUUUGUUAAUCAUUUAUAAGUCUAUAAUUAAAAAAUAUAUUAAUUGGUUCUUAUCUCGUGUUGCUGAUAUAUUUGGGCUUGGAAGCUCAUUAAUAUAUUGCGAAAUAAAUAAAAAAACUGUCACUGAAAUUAAUAGUCAUUUUCACCCAAGAGAGAACAGGCUUGAAGGCCUCGUUAUUUGUAAUAUUCCUAGUUUUUCUGGAGGAGUUAACCUUUGGAAAAUUUCGAAUCAAAUUUCUAAAAAGUCAUUUAAAAAUAGAGAUUCAAGUAUUAUUAGAAGAACCACCACUUUAACUAGUAGGAAGAUAGGGAAAGGUUUGUCCGAUAGAUCAAUGUCAUUUUCGGUGGAUAAUUUUAAGAACUCAGGCUACCUGUCUUGCUCAGAUUCGGAAUUUUCAGAAUAUGAUGAAGCUUGCAAUACAGAAUUAAAAUUGAGAGAGGGAAGAAGAAAAUCGACAAAUUUACUUAAAUCCUGGUUUUCUAAAGCUUUCAAACAAGGCCAAUUUCCCCAAUUAAAUGACUCGGAAAUAAACGAUGAACACAUUAAGUUAGGAAUUAGCAAUUUCCACGCGCAAAAGAUUGAUGAUGGAUUAAUAGAGGUUGUAGGUAUUAGAUCACUUUUCCAUUUAACCCAGCUACAAGUAGGGCUCACAGAGCCAAUCAAAUUGUGUCAAGGUAGUAAUAUAGUCAUAUAUAUUCCUAGACAACUCCCUUUCCAAGUUGAUGGAGAGCCUAGAAUAAUAAAUAAGUGCAAACUUAUUAUUGAACUGUCUGGAAAGAUUCCAGUCAUUUGCUCGGAGAAAAUUGAGAAUGCAUUAUCACUUUCAGUGCAGAAUGCUCUGGAGCAAGCAGUGCAAAAAAAAAUCAUCAAUACUGACCAGAAAGCAUGGAUAACAGAACAGAUAAUUCAGGAAAAUUAA